AUGGAGGGAGUGACCUGGGGCCUUCUCUUUGCACUGGCAGGCAUGCCUGCUUUUGAAGCUAAUGACCUGGUCGAUAAAGACAGUCCCUUCUACUACGUGAGUGUUGGUGUAAGCCACACUGGUACUAGUUCACUCUCUCCUCUCCUAGACUGGGAAGGCCUGCAGUUGGGCGGGAUGAUCUGCGCAGGGCUCUUGUGCAUCGCUGGACUCUUGUUCAUCCUAAGUGGCAAAUGUAAAUGCAAGCACAAGCAGAAGCAGAGACCCUUACCUGAGUAA